CUGUCUCGCUUGCCGUAGGAAACACGGAAACACUGUAUAGCCCGUUAGCUUGCUAGCCAUCUGUGGCUAUUUAUAACUAUAACAAAAUGCUGAGUAAGUAGUGAUAUAUUGCAUGUCCUUUAGGGAUGAUGUGGCGGGGAUGUGGCUGAAUAAUGGGAAACGUCUUUGGGAGAAAGAGCCGACCCUCUCGUGUGACGGAGCAAGACAAAGCCAUUUUGCAACUGAAACAACAGAGAGACAAGCUGAAACAGUAUCAGAAGAAAAUCACCUUACAACUGGAAAAAGAAAGACUUCUGGCUAAACAGUUGCUAAACAAUGGCAAGAAAGAGAAAGCACUACUGCUUCUUAAGAAAAAGCACUAUCAGGAUCAGUUACUAGACAAGACUGAAAGUCAAAUUUCAAACCUGGAGCGCAUGGUUCAAGAUAUUGAGUUCAUGCAGAUUGAGAUGAAAGUCAUCGAGGGACUUAAAGUUGGCAAUGAUUGCCUGAAAAGUAUGCAUGAGAUCAUGUCAAUAGAGGAUGUGGAGAGAAUCCUGGAUGAAACACAGGAAUCAAUUGAAUAUCAGAAGCAAAUAGAUGAAAUGUUGGCUGGAGCUCUAACUCAGGAGGAUGAGGAUGCUGUUUUAGCAGAGCUGGAAGCUAUCACUCAGGGAGAAGAUGUAGCACUUCCGGAGGUCCCGAACGAGCCACUACCAGAGUUACAAGAGGGAGCUAAAGCUGAACCGGAGAGAAGAGACGCAAGGAACAAGGCAGACAGAGAGAUGCUGGCAGCUUGACACAUAUAAUCUGUGGUUUAUAUCUAGUGUUGAGCUGCUAGUAAAAUGGACUUCUCCUUCUUCUUAGUUUUGGUAUAUGGGAGUGGGACCUGCAGACAUCAGAGCAUCUUCAUACAUGUUUACAUCAGCAUUGUCUGUUGUCUGAUUUUUUGUUCCCCUGAAAAGUUAUAUUUCUUUCUGUCUGAUUUACAAAGCAGCAAUAUAUUCUAUAUGUGCUGGUUAAGUCAUCAAGGAUAGCAAAGGUUUUUUUAGAUGUUUUAAAAAUUAAUUUAAGCUGUUUUGCAUAUUAAAAAAAUCUGUGUGAAAAUGG